AUGACGUUGUUGAAUUUCCAUGAACUGUGGAAGCCAGUUUUGGUGAUGAUUCUAGUUAAUUUAGCUCUCGCUUUUGUCAAUAUAUUUCUGAAGAAGGUUCUUAAUGAAGGAAUGGACUACUUGACCAUCCUAACAUAUCGACAGGCAAUUUCAGCAAUUUUCUUGGCACCCAUUGCUUUCUUCUAUGAAAGGAAAAGCAAGCUAGAGGGUCAGAUAAUAUGUCUCCUUUUCAUAAGUGCACUUGUUGGAGUAACACUCACUCAAUUCCUCUAUCUUAAGGGACUUGAAUACACAUCUGCCACAUUCGCAUGUGCAUUCCUCAACACAGUGCCUGUAUUCGCCUUCAUUUUGGCGCUGCCACUGGGGAUAGAGAAGGUGAGCAUGAAAAGCAAGAGUUCUAAAGCCAAGGUCUUGGGAACUUUUGUGUGCAUUGGUGGAGCUUUGGUAUUGAUCCUUUAUAAAGGAAUGCCCUUAAUGAACCCAAAAUCACAGAACAUAGUAGACAAAGGCACAAUGAAACCAUCAGGUUCAGAGUUAAAGCAAUGGAUUGUUGGCUCAAUACUUCUGACUGCAGGUUGCCUCUUGUGGUCUUCAUGGUUUCUUAUACAAGCAAGGAUUAGCAAAAAGUACCCCUAUCAAUACUCCAGCACUGCCAUUUUGUCAUUUUUUGCUGCCAUUCAAUCAGCAAUAUUAACUUUGAUCAUUGAUAGAAAUAGUGCCACAUGGAUUCUCAAAGGAAAGUUAGAAAUCAUGACUGUUAUAUAUGCUGGACUUGUGGGAUCAGGGUUGUGCUAUGUGGCAAUGUCAUGGUGUGUGAAAGAAAGGGGUCCAGUUUUUACUGCAGCAUUUACCCCUCUUCUACAGAUGUUUGUGGCUGUGCUUGAUUUCACUAUGUUACAGGAGGAAAUUUACCUUGGAAGUGUUGCAGGAUCAGUUUUGGUUAUUGCUGGCACUUAUAUUCUCCUAUGGGGUAAAAGUAAAGAGGGAGAACAACAAUGUGCCUUGAAGGAUACUCAAGAAAAUCAAGAAGAUGAAGAAUCUAAGCUAGGAGAGAAUAAGAAUUCUCUAAAUUUCAAAUGA